AAUAACUGCCUGUAACUUUGCUCUGCAGACUAAAGUAGAGUUUCUACCUUUUUAGUUCAUUUAAAGAGAAGAAAGGAGCAGCUAUGAGUUUCUCAGCAGCGAUCCGUGGAGUUAUCGUCCUUCUCAUGGCAGCAGAUGUUUGUGGUCAGAAUGUUUGGGGAGUGACUUAUAGUCGUUCUUCCAUUUGUGCCCUAAAAGGAUCAACGGUGGAAAUGAGCUGCAACUAUAUUUACCCAGCCAAAUACAACAACAAAUAUAUUGUUAUAGUGAAAACAGUUUGGUUUACAAAAGUGAUUAAUGGAGAUUAUGUGGAUCUGAAAAACAACUCCGAUUAUUCAGGUCGGGUGGAAUACAGUUGCAUUAACACUUUCUGCUCUCUGAAGAUCUUUAAUGUGAGACAAACUGACUCAAAAGAGUACAGGUUCAGCUUCAUAACAAACCAACAAGGUGGAAAAUACAUGGGUUCACCUGGAGUCUCUUUAUCUGUCACAGAUCUACAGGUGAAGGUAAACAGAUUAAAUGAUCCAAUCAGGAUCCAGCUGACAUGUCACACUGACUGUCAGCUGGAUCCUUCAGUUUCCUACGUCUGGUUGGAGGAUGGGAAAGCAAACAAAGAAAAUAACAAUAAUUUGGUCCUGUCCUCAUUUAAUACCACACACAGAUAUCAGUGUGCAAUAAGAGGACAUGAGGAUGUUCCAUCUCCUGCAGUGUAUGCUCCACAGACCACCGUUCUGUCAGUGACCCCCUCAGAAACUGUUGAAGGCUCUAAAGUGACUCUGACCUGCAGCAGUGAUGCUAAUCCAGCAGCUAAAUACAACAUUUACAGGGUGAAUGAAGAUCAACAUGGUCAACUUGUCAGCACAGAAAUACAACCAGUCUUCAGCUCCAUCCAGGUCUCUGAUUCUGGGAGGUAUUACUGUGCAGCUGGAAAUGACCUUGGGAGCCGGACGUCUCCAAGUAUCGAUAUUAAUGUGAAAUAUGCUCCCAGAUCUCCUUCAGUGUCUCAGAGUCCAUCUGGUGACAUCGUGGUGGGUAGCUCCGUGACUCUGACAUGUAGCAGUGAUGCUAACCCAGCAGCUAACUACACCUGGUACAAGGAGGGAGAGAAGGCACAAAAAGCUUCAGGAGAACGCUUCAACAUCACCAACAUACAAAAUGAACACAGUGGGAACUAUUACUGUAAAGUCCAGAACAAGAUAGGACAUCAUAACACCUCUGUAUCUGUGACUGUUGUGCCAGGUCAACCAAUGUCAACGAUCACCUGCAGGUUGGCUCUAUUGAUCCUGAUUUCUAUGCUUGUCCUGAUUACUUUUAGAAGAACCCUGAAAACUAUGAAAAAAAACACAAAACUAUCUGAUCCUGUAGAAAUGAUGGAGAUGAGAAAUGCUAUUGAGAUCACAGAGUGAGUAUGGAUUGAUCGAUCAUUGAUCAAUGCAUUGAUCUGUAAUUAACCAAUCUGCUUUUAGUGCAUUGUU